AUGUUGUGUUCGAACAGGGGUGCAUAUACUGCACUUGUCUCUCAGCUCCGUCCAAUUUCAAGCACCAAGGAAGGCCCUAACACAUUCCUUAAUGUUGGCAUGCAGGGCAUUCUGCUUCUGCCAAAUCUAUUUCUUCCUUCAGCUCCACUGCCCCAUCAUGAUAGAUCAGCAUACAAGAAGGUAUGGUUUUGGACAGAAAAGGAGUACAAGGACUGGAAGGCCACCGCGGAGGGACAAGCCAUAAUGUCUAAAUCACAGACAGCAUACCUAGAAGAUGAGGAUGGCAAGCAGCUACCUGAGAAGUGCAUCAGCAAAAUUCUCUCAACAAUGCGUGAGAUCUGGCAUGACCUCUGCUGCCAAGGCCAGAUUGACGCCAACACGAUGUGGACAUCAAUGCCAUUAUCCAUCAAGAAGAUAUUUCGUACUGAAAUUGCUGGUGCACACAACGAGCUUGCCCUUUGCGAAGACUUGUGGAAAGCUGAUAACCUAGCCAAGCAGUACUAUGCGUCGUACAAACAGACUUGGUUCACGAAUAAGGACAAGAAGUCUAUUCCCAGCAAGCACAAAGCAGAUGCGAAGUUGGAGACAACUGAUGUCAACAACAAGCAUACCAAAGUUGAUGCAGGUUUACCUGAAGACAUUUCCUUUGAUGCAGAAAUCAGUCCUUUAUCUGUGUCACCGUUGGCUGAUGUUUCUUCGGAUUUUUCUGAGGCAUCUACCAGUACUUCGAACCCCAAGUCAAACCAUAGUGGCUUUUUCGAGCCGAAAGCCCGAGAAGCUCGCCCUUUGCCUAAGAUUAAGGAUGUACUGGUAUCUUUGGCUUGGGUUGUCUGUGCCAUUGCACCACUUGGGCCUCCCACUACUUCCCCAGCUGAGCAUGUUGGCUCGUCUGUAUCUCAAAUGGUCGCUCCAGCGGUCACUCCAAUGAGUGCUGGCUCGUCUGUAUCUAUCACUCCAACAGUCACUCCAAUGAGUGAAUCGGUUUGCCCCCCUCCACAGACUUCCCCUGCAGAGGCCAGUGGCGCUGCCAAUGUCACUAACACCAUAACUGUUCCGCCCCCUUCACAGCCUUCAUCCACAGUUACCAGUGACCUGACAUCAACAGCUUCCGAGACACUCGGACCAAGCAAGAAGAAGGCUUGGCACCCUGGGUCAAACAAAAGUGCAUGGACACUGUGUGCCCACCAGUGGCUCAAGAUGGUUUCUCCAAAUGGCACACAGGAGGAACUCAAUACAUAUUACAAUCAACUUCCUACAGAGACAAAGGAGGAAACUCGUAUGUCGAAUUCGCUCCCGAUACCACAAUCACAUGCUGUCAACACACCACUUUGUGUUGGCACUGGUGUUUGGACAAAUAGCACCGCAGAGACGAUUGCGAAGUGUUCUGGCGGUACCGUGUACUAG